UCUUACUGAAAAUGGCGAACCCCAUCAUACGGAUCGUCAACCCAGAUGCUCCUGGACAUCGUCAGCAGGCCGUCAUCAUCGCCACCAAAGAGGCCCGGGACUACAGGGAGAAAAGAAAGGUCUUCCCCAACCCCCCACAGGAGCUGCUCUACCCGACCUUGGCCCUGGUCCACGCCAAGAAGCUUCUUCGAGCAGAAGGCGUCCCGCUCCAUCUCGUCAGCUGUGCCUGGGAAAGCUGGUGGUUCCAUUCGGCCAGUAUGGAAAUGCACCGUUCCACUGGCUCGUGGCCAACGAUGUGGGCUACAUGAAGUACAUGCUGGACAAGCACAGACUGGAGACAACAAACCCACAGACAAAGGGAAAGGUGGGGAACCAGUGGGUGAAGGACUUCCUCACCGAGGAUGCAGAGAGCUUGACACAAGUCUCCAGUCUGCUUGAGGCCCACAUCGACAGGUGUAUCUACGGCCAGAGAGGGUUUGAGCAUCACACCUUUCAGGAGAUGUGGGAGCUCUACAGCCAGUACCUCGCCCAGGAGGACCGGCCAGAGCAGGUCAGUGCUGAGCAGAGGGAGCUCACUCAGAAGGCCCACAGUUCUGUGAGGAGGUGGCUGCACACACCAGUGACCCACAUCACCAGCGUGCAGAUGAAGAGGUUCAGGAGGUUCAUCAAGGAGAAGGACCAAGUGAGGGUUAGCACCAGGUGUGAUGUGUCAUCAUGGCCAAAUGAUGAGGCUGAACUGGUUGCUGCAAGCCAGGCUGUGGAAGACUUGCUCAACUCUGAAGAGGCUGCACGUCUGGGAAAGACGAGCAGCCAUUCCCAGGGUUCCUGUCCUACAGAAGGGACCAAGCAGCCGAAACAGCCUGAUCCCACUGUCCGGCAGAAACAGCCUGAGCCCGCCAUACUGGGCGAGGUCUACGCAGUACAAGCGGAAGGGUGCGGAACAGCCCUCAGCAGUGGACUUAAAGGUGUCGCGGGUACAGAGUCUCCCAGUCUGUUCAUGCUGUGGACAAGCGACCCAGGGACAUAAAAAGUAUUUUAAAAAAGACUUUCUGCCCUGUCAAGUUGAUGUCCACAUCCAAAGGUCUGAACAGAACUGUGUACAACAGCUAUGAACACUUCACAUCUGUUGUGGAUAGAUAGAUAGAUAGAUAGAUAGAUAGAUAUAUACUUUAUUAAUCCCCAAGGGGAAAUUUGUCGUGACAGUAGCAGCAACACACAAGAAACUGGAGCAAUAACUGCAAAUUAGAUUCUCAUACACACACUCACACACUUGUAAAUAUUUGAGUCAUGUACAUACUUGUGAAUAUUGUAAACAUGUUACAUUGUCAUGCAGACCACAAGUCCUUCCUUCCCGCUGCUGUCAGGCUGCACAACAAACUGCAGUAGAUCGCUGGAGGUCUUGGCACUCAGCACUUUGUUUUCCUGGACACUUUAACCGGCUUGAAAUUCACUUUAGUCACUGCCUUGUGUAUCUAUUUAGUUUCCUCUGUAUAUUUAGUAUUUUAGUAUUAGUAUUUAGUAUUUUGUUUCUAUAUUGUCAUGCUUUUUUUGUGCAUAUUGUAAAUCAUUUACAUUGUCAUGCAAUCUAAAUUAAAAGUGUUUUUUCAGACUGUU